UUGUCCUUAUGCUAAAUCAGUUCGAUUCCUGCGAUGAGUAGGAUUUGUUUCAGUGUCGCGUGACUUUGUAGUGUCCAUGAUAAUGACGCAGAAUAUAUUGAAGAGUUUACUUUGAAGUCUUCACUACCUUCUCCAAGUCUCGUGAAAGACCUAGACGUGCCAUCCAAAAGCCUACAAAGUGAACAGCAAAAUCCACCCGAGCAAGUCUGUGUUUUGCUAUUAAAUCUUUUGGCAAUGGGCAUAGCAAGAAUCAGUGGAAAAAUACUACCACUUUGCUACAGGAAGCGUUCGACUCUACUGGUGGGCAUGUUUCUUCUUUUAUCGUUUUUCUCAAUUAUAAUACUUCGGAAUGAAACAAGCUAUAUAUUAUUCGAGCCUUGGUUUUGCAGCAACAGGACAGAAAUCGCUUCCGAUCGAUCUUGCUUCAGUAAUGCCACCAAAACCAUUUUGUUUUACACUCCUAUGUUUGGUAGCAAGCCAUGGCCCGGAACCACUUCCACGGAAGAGUAUCUUUUGAAAUGUCCGACCAAAAAAUGUCACAUAACCUAUGAUAUCUACGAUAUAGGAAAAAGUGAUCUAGUUAUUUUUCAUGCUCGUGAUAUGCCAAGUUAUUUAAGAACGAAAGAAAUUCAACAGAUUCACAAGUACCGGUGCCCACAGCAAAGAAUGGCGUUUUUAAACCAAGAAUCCAUUAUCAAUGACCCAGAUUUGGAGCUUCUUCUUUCAUUGCCGGAGGGGUUCUUUAAUUGGACUAUAACUUUUAAAAGGGAGUCAGAUUUUCACUAUCCUUAUGCACAUUAUAUCCAUUUGCCGUCAGCUAAAAGACCAGCGAGAAUUCCUGACUAUGCAGCUGAGAAAAACAAAUUUGUGUUAUGGGUUGUUUCCAAUUGUGGAAGAACUCGAGAUAAGUACGUAAAAAAACUUCUCAAAUACAUUAAAGUUGAUGUUUAUGGCGACUGUUCGGAAAACUUUGGCCAAGACAAUCAAUGCCAGCCAUCAAGCAAUUGCGAUGAUAUUUUCAGCACAUAUAAAUUUUAUCUGGCAUUUGAAAACAGCGUUUGUACUGAUUACAUUACUGAGAAAUUUUGGCGUACACUUGGUUGGAAUUCAGUGCCUAUAACACUGACAAGAGAUUUCUACACACCAGAUGUAGUCCCUCCAGGCUCGUUUAUAAGUGUGCAAGACUUUCCAUCUGUUAAGGCUUUGGCAGAAUACCUGUUAUACCUUGACAAAAAUGACACUGCCUAUAGUGAAUACUUCACAUGGAAAAAAGAAUUCGUUUAUACAGGGACGUUGGGAUUAACACAUACAGCCUGUGACAUAUGUGAUGCUCUUCAUAAUGAAUGUGUUCAACCCAAAUUUUAUAAAGAUAUAUUCAAGACUUUUUGGAACGAUAAUGUUGAUUGCAAAGAGAAAGAGAGAAAACUUUUACAUCUUAUAGAUAGAGAGGAAGAGUGAUCAGUGUAUGUCGAAUAUCCAUUGAUUUUCAAAUGUUACUUCCAGUUCCUCCUGGAAGACAAAGUGAAUCACUGAUAUGAACAACAAAAAGAAACUGACUUUAGGAAGGGGUCUUUUUCUGGGCUCUCUGAACUGAGUCAAGGCGCGAGAAUUUGAAGAGUGAUAAUGAAGGAGAUGAAAACAACUAGUACUCCAAUUCUUCACAGCAGCAAAAAGUGUUUCGUAAAACUGGGUUGAACUAAAUGAAAUUCAGAAACAGAGAACUGAAGAACUGAAUUUUCCUUAAGUUUCAAGCAGACACUAGCUUUUAUUUUCAAUUUGCUUAAUUUGAAGUUGACAAACAUUGGUUUAAGCAGCUUUUAUGAUGAAAACAAUUUUCAACGUUUUUAACAACACGUCUUCAAGCUUCCGUGUGAAUGGGGUUUAAAUUAAAAAAACAUGCUUUUAAUUAAAACGCCCCUUAAGUCUAAUUUAAUUGAACUGCAAAAUUUCCCUUCCGUUUCCUCAUUUCAAAUGGCUAUUUAUAAUUAAAACUUCAUUUUUUAACUAUUCCCAAACAAUUAUACCUUCUAAAUGAUUGUGAAUCUACCAAAGUCAUAUAUGUAAACUGCGGAUUAAUAACCGAAUACGAGAAGGCCUAGGCAGAAAUGAACUCUAUUUAAAAGGCAAUAGAAAAGUAAGGGCGAGUUGGUUUAAGGGGGACUCUUCAUUGACUGAAUGUUCUUGACCGAUCAGAGUUUUCAAAGUAAUACUAAUGUAUAUAAUUAUUAUUAAGAACUGAAUCAUUGGACAAUGCAAUUCAAGAGUUUUCAUUGGUUUAGCCAACUCGCGCUCGUGGAAUAAUUGUUUAUUGUACAUUAGACUUACAAUGAAAACUCUGAUUUAUCGAGACUGAUAAUCAUGUCGAGUUCAAAGUUUCCAAGCCCCUUGCCGUUUAAUGCUCUCAAACUUUUGCAAAUUCAGAGAGAAGUUAGGGUAUUAAAGGGGUGAUGACUUUUACGGCUUAAGGUUAAAAUUUUGGCUAU